AUGACUCGUGGAAGGGAAUGGGAUAAAUUAGGAAUGGACAUUGCUUAUGAAGAAGCCGCAAGGGGGCUCUCUGAAGGUGGUGUCCCAAUUGGUGGCUGUUUAAUCAACAAUAAGGAUGGCCAAGUUUUAGGUCGUGGACAUAACAUGAGAUUUCAAAAGAGCUCUGCAACUUUGCAUGGUGAAAUAUCCACGUUGGAAAAUUGUGGGAGGCUACCGGGUAAGGUUUAUAAAGACACAACUUUAUACACAACUUUAUCGCCUUGCGAUAUGUGUACCGGUGCAAUAAUCAUGUAUGGUAUUCCACGUUGCGUUAUUGGCGAAAACAUCAAUUUCAAGAGUGAAGGUGAAGAAUACUUAAAGUCAAGAGGCCGAGAUGUUGCAGUUAUGGACGACAAAAGAUGUCAAAAGAUUAUGAAAGAGUUCAUUGAACAGAGACCUCAAGAUUGGUUCGAGGAUAUUGGAGAAUAA